UUAGUUAAAUCAUAUAAUCUAAUGCCUAGUUUAAAUAAAAAGGCCAACGGUGAAAGCACUUCAUCAAAAAGGCGACGUUGUAAUAAUAAAGAAAAUUCACGAAGUAAAAAACCAGAUUUUAAACUCUUAGUAAAUAUGAAUAAUGAGAUUCUUUUCGGUGAAGUCAAAUCGUUAAAAUAUAAAAAUUCAUCUUCAUUGGUUUGUCAAAAUCUUGUCAAGCUUGCAAAUUUUCAAUUCAGCACUUUGGAUAAGUUAGUUAAAAAGUAUAGAAAUAGGAUUAGAAUGACAUCUUUUGGAGUGAGUGCAAAUUCGAAUUUAUCAAAUGAACUUAGAAUAUGA